AUGGCACCGAGCGUGGAGAUCUCUAUUCCAACUACGUCCCUUUCUCCCACUACUCCCCCACACACAAUAUAUCACAUCACCCUUCGGCUGCCUCUCCGCUCCUUCACCGUCUCCAAGCGCUACUCCGACUUCUCAACGUUCCACGCGACCCUGGUCAAUCAGACCAAUGCACAGCCCCCGGUACAACUGCCCUCGAAGUCAUGGUUCUCCAAUACAGUCUCUAACGAGCGGUUUCGUGAAGAGCGCCGUUGUGGUCUGGAGGAAUAUCUUCGGGCAAUAAACGAGUCCCCCGAUGGCCGCUGGCGCACCUCGCCGGCGUGGCGAGCAUUUCUCAACUUACCGACCGCCGCGGCUUCGUCAUCCACUACUACGGCCAGUACCUCCUCAAGGCUUCAUGCCGCUAUCACAGACCCUGGGAACGCAGCGAACGCCCCGAUCACAGACCCUACUCUCUGGCUUGACUAUUACCGGGACAUGAAAGCCCAUCUCCACGACGCUCGACUUCAGCUUUCCAGACGAGACCAGGAGACCACGCCACAGAAGCAACAUGAGAGCUCCGCACAGGCGAAAAGCAGUCUCGUGCGUGCAUCGUCCAUGAUAACCACGCUGGAAGAAGGCCUGAAGAACCUCGGCAACCGCGGCAAUCAAUCCAGCGGUUCGGCUGCGUCGCCGAGCCUCGGUGAAGGCGAGCUCCGCCGUCGGAAAGAUCUGCUCAUUAAUGCGCGCAAGGAGAAAGAUGGGUUGGAGGACUUGCUGCAUGCUAUGGCAACGAAGAGCCGACUUGACCAUGCCGUAGCGUCGAUACAGGACAAGGAUGCACUAAUUCGGGCUGGGAACGGUGAUGCCGCAAGCAACGGGCGCAGAACUCCGGCAAGAUCAGGGAGGGUUCUUGGAAAAGAGACAGAGCGCACUCGCGAACUCGACAAUGAAGGCGUGCUGCAACUGCAGCGGCAGACGAUGCAGGAUCAGGAUGCUAGCGUUGAAGAGUUGAUGAAAAUCAUCAUUCGUCAGCGGGAGCUGGGCACUGCUAUCAAUAAUGAGUUGGAGGUGCAGAAUGAGCUCUUGAAGUUGGCUGAUGAGGAUACCGAUCGACUGAAAGCCAAGCUCGACAUUGGCAAGAAGCGCAUCGGCAGGAUUUCCUAA